AUGCAGGUUACGUGUACUUUCACUCUUAGUUGGUCGUUGUCUUUAACCAUGAUACACUGUAAUCUGGAAACCAUUCCAAAAUCUGUCGGAAUGCUUCGAAACCUAGAGACCUUGAUUCUGAGUAUGAACAAUUUGUCUUAUUUGCCUGAUGCAAUAGGAAACCUUGAGAAGCUCCGGAUCUUGGAUCUGAGCCAUAACAAUGUGGUUGAGUUUCCUGCUCAAAUAGGAAAACUUCAAAAACUUAGACGUCUCUAUGUGGGUGGGAAACAGGGGCCUUCGAAUUGUACAAUCCCAGCGGAAAUAGGAAAUUUGUCAUCCCUUGAAAAGCUUUAUACAAUCAAGGCGUACAAAAGGAAUGGAAAUAUUGUAACGGAAGAAAUAGAGAAGCUUACCCAUCUAAAGACUUUAACCAUUGCGGAUUUGAAAAGAGAAGAUGGAGUAGCCCUAUGCUUGUCCCUUCAAAAGUUGAGCAACCUUUGCUCACUAGCUAUUCAGUCAACUGACAUCAUUGAUCUACAAUCUUUUCCUUCAGGUCCUCCAUUUCUACAAAAGCUAUGUUUACAUGGACCUCUUGAGAGAGUACCACACUGGAUAUCUUGUCUGUAUAGUUUGGUUAGAGUAAGCUUCGUACAGAGCUGCUUAAGGGACGACCCAAUGCAAUGCCUACAAGAUUUGCCAAAUCUCCUAUCCCUUGAAUUCUCGAAGGCCUAUGAAGGAGAGGAAUUGUGCUUCAAGGCUGGAGGGUUUCCUAGGCUCAAAAUGUUAUUUCUUCAGAAAUUAAAAGAGUUGAGAUGGUUGAGAGUAGAGCAGGGCGCCCUGCCUCAUCUUGUAGACCUAUCCAUUAUCCUCUGUCAUAACUUAGAGGAGCUACCAUUGGGAAUCGAACAUCUACACAACCUUGGAAAGUUUCGCCUAAUUGGUAUGUCUGACUCAUUGAUUGAGACCCUUUGGAAUGAAUAUGUAGAACUUGGACGAUACUCGAAAAUUGCACAUAUCCCUCAUGUCGAAAUCACAGAUCGGAGAUAUUCAAGAAUUGGUGGGCUCGGAACUCGACGAACAACAAGAGACCUAGUCCAUGCCGCUGCUCUCUGUUUCAUUGAUGAUUAG